AAAAAAAAAGGAAAGAAGAAGAAGAAGAAGAGCUUUUUGUGUUAAAGAGAGAGUUUUCCUAUCUUCCCCCAUGCCUCCUCCCCUCCCUCAUCUUCUUCAUCUUCCCCUCUCCCUUCUCCCAGAUCCUCUCUCCAUCAACCAUUACUACCUACCUCUGACUUUUUUCUUAAAUCCACUAUGAGGAGAGGAAGAGGCUCUCCCGCCGUCGCCGGACCAACCGCCGUCUCCACCGUUAUCAACGGAUCUGUUAAAGAAACACAACAACGUUUCAGAGGCGUUCGGAAGAGACCUUGGGGACGUUUCGCCGCCGAAAUCCGUGAUCCAUGGAAAAAAUCACGUGUUUGGUUAGGUACUUUCGAUUCCGCCGAAGAAGCCGCACGCGCAUACGACUCCGCCGCUCGUAACCUCCGUGGUCCCAAAGCCAAAACCAAUUUCCCAAUCGAUCCUUCCCCUCCUUCUCCCAAUCUCCGGUUCGCAGCUUUCCCUACUACCGUAAACCAAAACCAAAACCAAGUCGAUCCGUUCAUGGACCACCGGUUAUACCCCGGAGAUAAUAAUAAUAAUAAUAAUAACCAACAGUUUCAUCCCGUUGUUAACCGGCCGACUUGUAGCAGCAUGAGCAGCACAGUCGAAUCGUUUAGCGGACCGAGACCAACGGCGGCGAAACCGGUGACGACGGCUGCGAAAAGGUAUCCUAGAACUCCGCCUGUAGUACCUGAGGAUUGUCACAGCGACUGCGAUUCGUCUUCGUCUGUUAUCGACGACGACGAUAUCGCUUCGUCGUCUAGGCGGAGGAAUCCGCCGUUUCAGUUCGAUCUUAAUUUUCCACCGUUGGAUGAGUUCAAUGGUUCUGAUGAUCUUCACUGUACCGAUCUACGUCUCUAGAUGAAUUUGGUAACUCAAAAUCAAAAGUUCACAGAUCCGUUUGAUCGAUUUGAUUUAAUUGAAGAAGAAAAAAAAGAAGUUCGUUUUCUAAUUUUUUUUUUUUUUAGAAAAAAAAGAUUUUCUUUUUUAGUUUUGUGUUUCGUUGAAGUCGAGAAAUAGAAAGACAAAGAAACGACGAAGAAGAAGAUAGAAGAUGGUGAUGGAACUUGAGCUUGCGCUGUGUUCUUCUACUUCUGUGAUGAUGAUAUAUUAUUGUAAGAGUAUUAUUGUUAUUACUACUGCCAUUAAAAAACUUCUUUGAGCUCUUCAUUGUUCGAAUCAAGAAUUUAUGGGUUUUGUUCUAAAGAUCAGCCGGUUCUUGUUUAAAAUCUCAUGUAUGUUUGAAGUUUUUUCACAUUAGUUGUGUGUGGGAUUAAACUUAAAAGAAAGACAAGUGAAUCUUGUUUUAUGAACUUGGUUCAUGUGUUGUAUCUUAACCCCUUAGAAAGUUAUGUUCUGUAUUAAUGAGCAAU